UGGGGGUGUCUCGUGCUCCUCGAUCAAUCAAUCAAUCAUCAAUCUAUUGGUGAUCCAAUUGAUCCAAUCCUCGGUGCUUUCAUCGGCGACAGCGGACACCAUGUUCCAGGGGCCCGACGGCGAGGCCGCCAAGCCCAGCUCCAGGGUAUUGAAGCCCCCCGGCGGAGCCUCCAGCAAUCUCUUCGGAAGCCCCGACGAAGCGGCAGCUUCCACCAAGCCCCACAGGAUGGCCUCCAGUAUUUUUGGAGCGUCGGAAGAACCGCAGAACGUCCCAAGGAGGUCCAAUCCUCCCGGAGGCAAAGGAAGUGGCAUCUUUGAGGAGCCCAGCCCGGUCCAGGCCCGCCAGCGCCCCAACCCUCCCGGGGGAAAGACCAGCGACAUCUUUGGGUCUCCUCUCACCGCCACGGCCGCUCGAGCUCACCCAAAUAAACCCAAGGAUCACAUUGUCUUACACGAAGGCGAGGACGCGAAAUCUGAACCCAAAGCUUCUGGAAACGCGCCCUCCCCGAGAGAACAGAAGGAAAAGGGCGACGCGGGCAAAAGCGACGCCACCAAGGAGCCGGCACGUGAGCCCCACGUGGACAACCAUGAGCCCAGGCUGGGGCCCAGACCCCGCUCCCACAACAAAGUCCUCAACCCACCGGGUGGCAAGUCCAGCAUCUCCUUCUACUAGGGGGCCGGGGGCCGGGGGGGCUGCCACUGCCAUCCAACCCCGUCCUCCACUGCCUCCUUCAUAGCUUCCCUUUAGCGCAAACCAGUCGGCGCCGGGGAAGGGGUCUGCCGUCUUACCCGGAGGUCUGGGCCCGGCUGGCUACUCAGGGGUUGAGCGGGGGGCUCUGGGCAGAAGAGUGAGGGAACCCCCGUCCCCCCCACGGAGUUUGCCAGUCCGGGCCGUCGGUGAGGGCGAGCGGGCCGCUGCACCCUCUCCGCCGCAUCUAGUUGGUAGUUUGAGGCCGUGAAUUGUGCUUUGGG